AGGCAAUUAAAGAGUUACGGUUAAACAACGAAUUAAUUAUCUCUAGACCAGACAAAGGAUCCGGCAUAGUGUUAUUAGAUAGGGUGGAUUAUAUCUGUAAAAUGCAACAUAUCCUCAGUGAUGAACGUAAGUUCCAGAAGCUUAUGGCCGGAAAGGACAACACAGGGGAGUUAGAGAAACAGUUGGCCGGCUGCCUCAAGCGAAUGAUGCAAGCCAAACUGAUCACAAAGAGCGAAUACGAAAAGUUGAAGCCUUCAGGUGGACACCUACCGAGAUUAUAUGGCCUUCCAAAAGUUCACAAGGAAGGCGCCCCAAUGCGUCCAAUCUUGGACAUGGUGGGUUCUCCCCAGCAUUUGUUGGCCCAAUGGAUGGUGAACAAAUUGCAACCGUUACGGGAUAUGGUUUGCACUUACUGCGUGAGAGACUCCUUCGAAUUCAUUGAGAAGAUAUCUGAACUCAAUUUUACUAACAAAAGGAUGAUAUCUUUUGAUGCCCAGUCGCUGUUUACAAACAUUCCCCUGCUCGAAACGGUGGAGUACGUGUGCGAGUUGACCCGGCAACUACCAAUAUACGCUAACUUUCCGGAGUAUCUGCUAAAGGAGAUACUAUUUCGCUGCAC